AGCCUGGGAUGUAACGUUAAGUUGUGUUCUUUCCAUCUUGCACAUCAUUGCCACUAAUAAAGCUGCUGGUGGAACUUAAUCAAGAAUUCUGUUGAUUCAGGAGCCAGUAAAGAAAUUCCCUGAACUAUGUUGCUUCUGCAAGGAGCAUUUGAGGUCAUCUGCCAAGCUAUCAGUGGAGAUGGAGUAAAGCACCUUUAAGCCUUUGCUAACACAGUGCUCAGCUGUGACUCAGAGGUUCUCAGAACUAGAGUUUUCUGGAGAGGUAUUCGAGAAAAAAAAAGCUCAGAAGAACAAAUAUUCCCACUUAUCAGCCUCACAAAGACUUGGAACUUUUUCCUCUCUUUAAGAUAACUUUUUAAGGAAGUCCGAGUAAGGUUCUAAUUGUGUCAGAAAGUGGCUGAACUCAGUUGACUCCAAAUCUGGGGGUUGUUACUGUGGUGUGAAUUCAUCUUUCUACCCUCCAUUCUCACUUGGCUGUACUUUCUAUGCUGCAUCUCUAAAACAACACAGCUUGAGAUUUUUCCCUUUCUAUUUUUAGGCGCCACCAAGGAAUCGAUUAUUUAUGAGGACUGUUCCUUAACUGUCGUGUGUGGUUGUGUUAGUCCACGCUGUGGUUCAACGUUCACUGUCCACCAUGCCAACCCUACCUGAAGACAAUGAUCAACCAAAGGUGGCACAACACAACAGUUCUCCACCUGCCAAGGACACUACUGUUGAAGGAACAACAUGCAGUAGACCUUCAAUUGUUCUUCCAGAGAAUGCAGUUAUGCCUGAUGUAGAAAUUGAUAAAAAUCUGGUUAACAGACCUCGUAGUCCUCAUAGAAGACAUUCUAACCGUGCCACUAGGAAUUCAACAAGUUCAUUGACUUCUGUUGACAACAGUGGUCACGUGAUUGAUUUGGUAAAUGAUCAGCUGCCAGAUGUCAAAAUAUCAGAGGAAGACAAAAAGAAGAACCUUGAAUUACUAGAAGAAGCAAAGAAAGUGAGUGAGAGGUUUCUAAUGCGCAGAGGCAGAAAAUCAAGAAGUAGCAUCCCUGAAUCACCCACAGCAGUUUCCCCUACACUUAGUCCGAAAGUUUCACCAGUAGCAUCUCGGAGCAACUCUCUCACUCUUCCUGUUCCAUCAGGAUCUGAUGCAUGCAAAACCACUAGCGUCGAGUCAGCAUCACCAGGGCUGAGUAACAGAACUGUGAAAGAAGAUGAGAGGCAAACUGCAGAGAAUGCUGCUAAAGGAUUAACGGAUCGCAGGCCAAAUGAUCAAAGGAAGAUUUCUCAGGGAAGGUUGGUUCCACGUUCUGCUGGUUUUGAAAACUCCAAAGAAAAACUGUCAGAACAAAAAGAAAACUUUGAUCCGCGUAAGCAUAUAGAUACUUUGCCCAAAUGCUCCCCUUCAGGCAAUGAUGGUGGCAGAAUAUCUCUUAACACUUGCAUGAAUAUUUGUGAAAAUGAACUUGCAAAAUCAUUCCUCAAGAAAGCAAAAGAAAAUGAUGCUCCUUUAAGAACCUAUUUACCAGGAAUAGGAAAUACAGACCCAAAACUAAAAAUUCCUGCUCCAGAAAUGAGGGACCAUAAAGUUUCUUGUAAACCAGAAUUUAAACUAAGUGGGCUGCGUCCUCCUCUACUACGAGCUGUAUCGUGGGAUAGCUUGGAGCCUGGGCAAAAAGAUAAAACACCUUUAAAACCACCAUCUGAGGAAGAGAAAAGUUUUGGUGGUAAUAAAUCCAGCAAUCAAUUUAAAGCAUUCAAAGACCUCCAAAUCCAAGUUCAGCCUGUUCGAAUGCAGAAAUUGACAAAGCUCAGAGAGGAGCAUAUUUUGCUGAGAAAUCAAAAUUUAGUUGGACUUAAACUUCCUGAACUUAGUGAAGCAGCUGAACAGGAAAAAGGCCCUUCACCUCUCCCCUCUCCCACUGAAGAGGAAGAGACAAAGAAUAGCUCUGAUGUCAUGCCCAGCAUUCCUGAUGUAUUGCUGCGAAAACUACGUGUGCACAAAUCUCUUCCAGGAAGCUCCCCUCCGCUUACUGAAAAAGAAGUUGAGAAUGUAUUUGUACAGCUUUCCUUGGCCUUUAGAAAUGAUAGUUAUACCUUGGAAUCUAGAAUUAAUCAAGCAGAGAGAGAGAGAAAUCUUACUGAAGAGAAUGUUGAGAAGGAACUGGAAAACUUUAAGGCAGCCAUUACGUCUUCAGCUCAUUUAUGGCAUCACUAUGAACACAGAGAAGCUUACCAGAAGCUAUUGGAGGAUAUUGCUGUUCUACGGCGUUUAGCUGCUAGGCUAUCUAGUCGUGCUGAAAUGGUUGGAGCUGUUCGCCAGGAGAAGCGUAUGUCAAAGGCAACGGAGGUAAUGAUGCAGUAUGUGGAAAAUCUAAAGAGAACAUAUGAAAAGGAUCAUGCUGAGCUAAUGGAGUUUAAGAAACUUGCCAAUCAGAAUUCUAGCAGAAGCUAUGGUGCAUCUGAAGAUGGAGUACCUCGUUCAUCUAGAUCCAUGUCUCUUACUGUUGGAAAGAAUAUGCCUCGGAGGCGAGUCAGUGUUGCAGUUGUUCCUAAAUUUAACUCCUUGAACAUUCCUGGUCAGUCACCAACAGCUUCACCUAUACCUUCAAUGCCAUCCCUAUCUGAAUCACCGAGCAAUGGAAGGAGCAAUCUAGCAUCUACUCCUGUUCUGCCAGCACUUCUAGAGAAUGGAAAGACUAAUGGAGAGCCUGACUGUGAAACCUCAACUUCUGCACUAACACAGAGUGGGUUGGAUGAGAUCAAUCCUGAAACUAAAGCCAAGAUAGAAGAGGAAGCAUAUAACAAAGGCUAUCAGGAAGGCUUGAAGAAAACCAAAGAACUUCAGGAGCUGAAGGAAGAAGAUGAAGAGACACCAAAAGAAAGUCAUGAUGAGCACGAAGAAAGUGAAAAUGAUGAUGAGAUAAAAAAACUGAAAAGCAGCAGACUUGAAGUCAUCAUUAAUUAUUUAUAUAUUCUGUACCCCAAACUGUGUAAACACUGGAAUGUGGUAUGGCUGGUAGUGGCUGCGAUAAUCAUUUUUGCUGUGGUGUUGGGAAUCUACCAUUCAUACAACUCCUGUGACGAAAUAUCAGAGGGAGCUGAAGGCAAAGCCAGCUGUUCUGCUGUUCAUCAAUAUUCAUGGUGGAACUCAGGAUUCCAACAUGAGCAACGCACUGAAUAAUAAAUGAACAACAUGUAUUUAUGAUACAGGAGAAAGCACAGUAUUAGAACACAGUUGGUAAAGGUAGUGCUUAGUCAUCUUUAUGCUUGGUGUAUGUCAUCUGUUGCACAAGUGAGUUAUUCCACCCCAAAGUUUGAGGAUACGUUAUGAACGUUGCUUGCCAAAAUGAUAAUUUGGUAAAGAAUUAUGUUUGUCUUCUUACUGUAAAUGACUGAUGUGAUUAAAGUAAUAUGUAAUCAUGAUAAGGUUGUGGCAGUAAUCAGCAACCAGCAAGAAAAACUUACACAAGAUGUUGACAACUCUCUUAUGGUUUUGAAGAAAAAUCAUUAAAACUAUAUUUGCAGUUAGUGCUUUACUUUGCAAUUCCUGAAUUUGUGUUUUGGUCAGGUUUUGUUGUUGUUCAAGUAUUAAUGGCAUUUAAUUCCUUUGGGCUUUAAAAGUCUAAUGUUUUUAUUCAUUAUAAUUGGGUAGAAAUAGAAAGCCUUCUAUGUCAUGUUAAAAUGAUCAGACCACAUGCCUUGCUGAUACAGUAAUUUCAUAAGCGGAAUUAUCUGUAUGGUUAUUUAAAUGGAAUACUAAGUACCUAUUAUGACACACUUUAAGAAUGGGACCACCUCUUUUUUUGAGUAGGAUAUACAACAAAACCUAAAAUGAAGUCUAGGUAGUACAGUUGAUAUUGUCCAAUAGAUCUUGGAACUUCUGAGGUAUCACAGACAUGCUUUGUAACAAAUUUUGCUACUUAUCUGAACAAUUGUGUGGCUUAUGCCACUCAGUCACUAAACAUUACAGCAAAAAGUAAUUGUUUAGACAAUUAGAUGUGUUGCUGAAGUCCAAUAUACAUCAGUCUUGGAUAUGGAACACAUGUCCAAUCCCUCAAAAAAGAAAAAAAAAAAUCUUCAAACCUGUCUGUAAUCACAGAU